AUGGUUUUUGGCUCUGAGUGGAAGACUCUCGAUGAUCCCGCUAAGCAUAUUAUCAUGCAGGCAAUCCGUGAGGGGCUGGACUACAAAGCAUCAUUGUGGGGGCAUAUUGCAAGGCCGUUCGUAGCCGACAGGAUGGGAGCAGUAGACCUGGUGAAGUCUUUAUGGACAGCAUGGCGGACGACAUGGGAGGGUGUGACACGCCGAAUUGAACUCAAUCCAGAUUCAGACGGAGGGGUGGAUGUGGCCCUUGUUCAUCGUUGGGGGGUGUGUCUGAGGAGGUAUCUUCAAGCCUUGCCACUAGAUGAGACGUCCACGGAUGACAGACAGAGGUUGACUCAGUCGGAGCUUUUUGCUCUGGCUAUGUCUAAAACGCAGUUCCUGCCUAAAGGACUGAGCAAAAAAUAUAUGGUGGGCCGCAAUCCUUGUGCUCUUCGGUGA